AUGGAGAAGCAGAAAUCAUCAGGUAGUUUUAGUGAACUGUUGCAGAAUGUUACUGUUGAUGAUCAAGGAGAGGAAUACGUUGUAAAAUUUAUUCCAGAUACUCAAAUUUCAACUCCUCAUCCUACUCUCUCUUUUAAUGAGGUUUCUGAAGAGCUUAAUGAUGCUACACCUCUUACAACAAUCCAUAAAGAGGAAAUAUUUACAAAAACCCUGAAUGAAGAGAAUAAAAAUCAAGAUUUAGACAGUAGAGAAACUACAAUAUAUGAUUUUAUCAAGACUAACAACAGAACCAUUGCCUGCGUUCAUAGCUACAAUGGAAGAAAGAUUGUCACUGAACUAUUCAAAACCCAGUCCCAUGAAUUUGCUUUAAUUGUCACCCCAGUUGAGAAAGGAGUUAAAGAGUGGUCAAAGCUACUCCUAAAGAACAAAUGGAGUAACGAAAAAGUAACCAUCAAAGAGUCUCAAGAUCAAACAAAGAUCGUAGUGAUUUCUGCACAGAAAUUAAGGUGGAAUCAAAAUCUGAGAAAUUCAAUUAUUUCACUCUGUGAUGAGAAGAUUAUCACUCGAAUCAUAAUCGAUGAAGCUCAGUAUUAUGGAAUCCAUUGAAAAGAUGUUCAGAUUUAUACUAGAAUUAGAGAAUUAAUAACUUAUUACAAGACGAUGCCUUUGACAAUCCUUAUUUCUUCAAUUGAAAGCAGUGAUUUUCUACAAAUCCAAGCAAAUCUGAGGCCAAGAGACUUUGCAGAAAUCAGGAAUUUUUCAAUAUUCCCGAACGCUUCUUUUAAUGUGAAAGAUAAAGGCAAAUCUCAUCUUGAGGAUUUAGUAGAGUUAGUCGAGCAAAAAUUUAGAGAAGAGUCUGGUAUAAUAUAUUGUAAGACAGAAGGUAUUGCUAAAGAAUUACAUUCCCUUUUGGAACACAUGAGUCAGUCAUAUGCCUCCUCUAGAGCUUGCUCAAGCCAAAACCAGGUACGAUGCUACUUAUAUUCUCUCGAACAGUCAGAAAGAGAAGAGGUUAUUUCCUUAUGGGAAAAAGGAGAUAUACAGAUUUUGAUAAUCUGUAGUGAUGAAAGAUUACAUCCUUAUCCUGAGAGCAUUAGGUUUAUUAUUCAUGAAAGCCCACCUGUAUGCAUCAAAGAUUAUUAUAAAGAUUGUUAUAAUGUAAGCAAAGAUGGUAAACCUUCUUACUGAAUUUUGUACUCUGGUCUUGAUGAUCUGUUAAAUCUACUGAAACAAUUGCCUGAUGGAGAUAAAGUCUUUACUAGACUUGCCCUUGAGUAUACCUUUGCAAUGAUCAAUUACUGCUUUUGCUCCAACCUGGCUAUCUUUGCAGAAAAGAAUCUUAGUGAUGCUUCUGUGCCUAAACUGUUUUGAAUGAGAAAAAUUCUGAAAGAACAAGUAACUGAAGAAAAUUCUCAAGAGGAUUGUAAAAACCAAUGAGAUAACUGCAAGUACGGAUCAGAGGGAUCGAUCCGAGAUAUUACUAGUCAAGCCCUUCAGCUAGCAGAGUUCAUUGCAAAUGAUUUUAUAAUAUCAAAUACUGUUUAUGGUUGCUUCCUAAACUUAAUCCAGAGUCCUCUUUACAAGCUAAAAAUAGAUAUUCUUCCAGAACUUGAAUUCACUUUCAAAAUGAAGCUCCUACUAAAAUUCUUUCACGAGAAAAUUCUUAAAGUUCAAAUAUCUGAACUAGAAGAUGGAUUAUUGAAUUAUCAACUUACAAGGGGGCCUCGGUAUUCUUCCCUCAUUUCUGAAGAUCUUCAUGUGUAUCAGCUAGUAAACCUCCCCCAAGAAUGUUCAUCUUCUGCUACGUCUUUUCCAAGUUGUGAGAAAAGUGAGCUAAAGAAGAAGUUCAGUUCUAAAUUUGGUCAACAAAUUUUGAAAGAUCCCAAUAUGAAUGAAGAUACUCACGCAGAGACAUUCUACGAGACGAAAGAAGCCACUUUAGAUACUGAUUUUGCAAAACAUGCUUAAAAAUUCAAGUGAGCUCAAAUUGAAGAAAAUAAUUUGUAUCAAAGUUAACAAUAGAUUUCAAUUGGUGGAGUGGAAUUACAAUAUGAAUGUGUAAGCUACAUUUUCGUU